AGGAGAAUUUGGAGUACAACAUCAGUUGAUGCAGCGACACCUCUCCUGGUGUGUGUCCAAAUGUCGGCCCGUGCUCUUUUUGAUUAAUUUCUACUUAUUUAUUCUCACACUCUCUAGUUCUACUCCCCUACCCUUCUCUCCCAUUUCAUUUCUAGGUUUUCCAAAGACUCCAGCCAGGUUUUAAUAUGGAAACUCCUCAAGAGCCGGAGACUCUGCCUCCACCUCCGCCCAUCAUCCCACCUGAUGUAGAGCCGGAGACUCUGCCUCCACCUCCGCCCAUCAUCCCACCUGAUGUGGUUCCCGAGGUUUCUAAGCCUAAACGUGUUCCCAUGGCCCGCCGUGGUACUGGCUCUAAAGGACAAAGGAUUCAACUCCUAACCAACCAUUUUAAAGUUGGUGUUUCCUCUGAUGCUGCUGCCCACUUUUUCCACUACAGCGUCAAGCUCUUUUACGAGGAUGGCCGCCCUGUCGAUGGCAAAGGCAUCGGCAGAAGAGUCAUUGAUAAGGUUCGCGAGACUUAUGAUUCCGAUCUCGCCGGAAAGGAUUUUGCUUACGACGGAGAGAACAGCUUGUUUACCGUUGGUUCCCUUCUGCGCAACAAAAUGGAGUUCACCGUCUUCCUUGAUAAUUUGUCGUCAAAUAGGGCUAACGGCGGUGGCAGUCCUGGUGGUAAUGCAAGUCCUAGUGAGAAUGAUAACAAAAGGAUCAAGCGCGCAUUCCACUCUAAAACUUUUAAAGUCGAGAUUAGUUUUGCUGGCAAGAUUCCAAUGCAGUCUAUCAAAGCUGCUCUGUGUGGUCAAGAAUCCGAGAACUCUCAAGAAGCCAUCAGAGUCCUAGAUAUCAUUCUCAGGCAGCAUGCAGCAAAACAGGGCUGCCUUCUUGUCCGUCAAUCGUUUUUUCACAAUGAUCCAAGGAGCUGUGUUGAUCUGGAAGGUGGUGUACUCGGAUGCAGAGGAUUUCAUUCGAGUUUUAGAGUCACACAAGGCGGAUUGUCUCUAAAUAUUGAUGGGUCAACUACAACUAUAAUACAGCCUGGGCCACUUGUUGACUUCCUCAUAGGAAAUCAACGUGUAUCGAAUCCUUUCCAGAUUGAUUGGUCAAAGGCUAAACGGACAUUGAAAAAUUUGAGGAUAAGGGUAUCACCCACCAAUCAAGAGUUCAAAAUCACUGGCUUGAGUGAAAAUCCUUGUAAAGAACAGAUAUUCUCACUGAAAUCAAAAAGUCUGAAAGAUGAAAAUGGUGGUGAUGAAGUUAUUGAUAUUACAGUUUAUGAUUAUUUUGUUAAUCAUCGUCGCAUAGACUUGCGUUACUCUGGUGAUUUGCCUUGCAUCAAUGUGGGCAAGCCUAAAAGGCCUACUUUCUUUCCCGUUGAGCUGUGCUCGUUGGUUCCAUUGCAACGCUACACAAAGGCACUAUCUGUUAUUCAGAGGUCUAAGUUAGUUGAAAGUUCACGACAAAAGCCCCAGGAGAAGAUGAGAAUCUUGACUGAUGUUAUGAAAAGCAAUAACUAUGGUGCAGAUCCCACAUUGCGCUCUUGUGGUGUUACUAUCAGCAGCAGCUUUACUAAAGUUGAUGGCCGUGUUUUAUCUGCCCCAAGGUUAAAAGUAGGAAAUGGAGAGGAUUUAUUUCCAAGAAAUGCACGGUGGACCUUUAAUAAUAAGCGAUUUGCGGAACCUACUAAAAUUGAAAACUGGGCGGUGGUGAACUUUUCAGCUCGUUGUGAUAUUCGUGGUCUGUGUCGAGAUCUAUGUCGAAUUGGAGAAAUGAAAGGGAUUAUGGUAAGUCCCCCAGAGCACGUUUUUGAAGAGGAUCCUCAAUUUCGAAAUGCACCACCUCAUAUUCGAGUGGAGAAGAUGUUUGAACAAGUACAGCCAAGAUUUCCUGCUGAUCCACCUCACUUCCUUCUGUCUGUUUUUCCUGACAGGAAGAAUUCUGACAUAUAUGGUCCCUGGAAACGAAAGAAUCUUGCAGAAUUUGGAAUUUUCAACCAGUGCCUUUGUUCACCCAAUAGACUUAGUGAGAUGUAUAUAACAAAUGUUCUCAUGAAGAUAAAUGCCAAGCUUGGUGGACUGAAUACUAUGUUGGCUGGUGAACAAGCACGAAACAUCCCGUUGGUUUCAAAGGUUCCUACAAUAAUUUUUGGUAUGGAUGUUUCACAUGGUUCUGCUGGACAAUCUGAUGUUCCAUCCAUUGCUGCGGUAGUCAGUUCUAGGAAUUGGCCACUACUAUCCCGUUAUAGAGCAUCUGUUCACAAUCAGUCACCAAAGCUUGAGAUGAUAGAUUCCCUCUUCAAACCAGUGGGAACAGAAGAUACUGGGAUAAUCAGGGAAUUGCUGUUGGACUUCUACAGGAGUUCUGGUCAGACAAAGCCUGCUCAAAUCAUCAUAUUCAGGGAUGGAGUUAGCGAAUCGCAGUUUAAUCAAGUCCUCAACAUUGAAUUGAAUCAAAUCAUUGAGGCUUGCAAGUUCCUCGAUGAGAACUGGUCACCUAAAUUCACAGUGAUUGUAGCACAAAAAAAUCACCACACUAAGUUCUUCCAAACCGGAUCUCCAGAUAAUGUGCCUCCAGGAACUGUUGUAGACAGUGGCGUUUGUCACCCGAAAAGUAAUGAUUUCUAUUUGUGUGCACAAGCUGGGAUGAUUGGGACAACAAGGCCAACACAUUACCAUGUUCUGUUGGAUGAGAUUGGCUUUUCAGCUGACGAUCUGCAAGAACUUGUGCAUUCUCUAUCCUAUGUGUACCAGAGAAGCACAAGUGCAGUAUCUGUAGUUGCUCCUGUUCGUUAUGCUCACCUGGCGGCAACUCAAGUAUCACUGUUUAUGAAGUAUGAAGACAUGUCUGAGACAUCUUCAAGCCAUGGAGGAGUGACUUCUUCCGGACCUACCCCUGUCCCGGAGCUACCUCUGCUGCAUAAGAACGUGUGCAGUUCUAUGUUCUUCUGCUAAGAAACAAGUCUGAUGGAAUUGCAAGCUGCGACUGUCGUAGUGAUGGAUGUUAGAUUUUGUGAUUAUGUAGCUAGGGAUAGCUCAAGGAGUUUGCUGACUGGUAGUAGUUUUUAGAGCAUGUGCAAGGUGUCAUUUUUGCCGGGCUUACAUGGAUUUUGCUGAUUCAUGUGCUCACUGCUUAAUUCUAGUUUUUGGACCUGCAGCUGGUAAUUCUCAUCUGGUAAUUUGCCCCAAAUUAUUGAAGUGCCGGGAUCCUGAAUUUUAGGAAUUACCAUUAAUGAUUUUAAGAUAAUUUCUUUCUAGACAA